UACACUAGGUGAUCGAGGAUUUGUCCUGCUUCUGAACGACUGUGACAUAAGGGAGCUUACACUGAAUUCUUCUCUAGAAUAAAAAACAAUAUUAAAAAAAAUCAAAAUGGACGAUCAGGGCUGCCCGAGAUGCAAGACAACAAAAUACAGAAACCCGUCUUUAAAGCUGAUGGUGAAUGUGUGCGGACACACACUUUGUGAGAACUGUGUGGAGAUGUUGUUUGUGCGAGGUUCAAGUAACUGUGUUCAGUGUGACACUCCGCUCAGGAAGAGUAACUUCCGCCUGCAGCUGUUUGAAGAUCCUGCUGUGGAUAAAGAGGUGGAGAUCCGCAAGAAAGUGCUCAAAAUCUAUAAUAAGCGUGAUCUGGACUUCCCCAGUCUGAGAGAGUAUAACGACUACCUGGAGCAGGUGGAGGAAAUCGUGUUUAACCUGACGAAUAACGUGGACGUAGAGAACACCAGGCAGAUGAUGGAGCAGUACCAGAGAGACAACAAAGACGUCAUCCAGAGAAACAAGGCCAAACUGACGAGGGAGCAGGAGGAGCUGGAGGAGCUCUUGUUAAUGGAGCAGCAGGAUCUGGAGCUGAAGAGACUGGAGAACCUGCAGGAGGAACAGAGACACUUACACACCAAGAGGAAAAACAAACAGGCCCUGCUUGAUGAGCUGGAGAGCUCCCAUUUGCCCGCUUCCCUCCUCUUGGCUCAGCAUAAAGAGCGAGCGGCUCAGCUGGAGAGUCAGAUCGACAAACAGAAACAAAACGUCAAACCUGCCGCCAUCUUCUCUACAGGCAUACUGAUGGGUCAGACGGUGUCUCUGGCUCCAGUUGCUAACGUGGAGGAGGCUUUGUAUCGGUAUCAUCCUCUCCAAAUCGAAACGUACGGCCCCUCUGUGCCUGAACUGGAGCAGCUGUCCAGACUGGGCUAUCUGAAUCAUGUAAGAGGGGCGACUCAGCAGGAUUUAGCGGGCGGCUAUACGUCAGGUCUGGCGUGUCACCGAGCCGUGCAGGACGCCUUCAGCGGUCUCUUCCUCUGCACAUAACCAUGUGUGUGUUCAUCUCUCUCUCUCUCAUACACACACACACACACACACACAUUACAUUCAAUGCUUGUGUUUGUAUGAGAACAUGGAGGACAAACUGUCACUCUGAUCAUGCUAAGGGAGUUCAUGAUUAAAACACAUGAUGAGAAGAGCUCCAUGAAAACAUCAGGCUGUUAUUCUAAUAUUUCACACACACACACACACACACACACACCGGGACAGUGUGAGACGAUAGUAAUAACUGUGUGUGUGUGUGUGUGUGUGUGUGUGUGUGUGUGAGGAAGAUCUCUCACACACAGUUAAAAGCUGCAUCUGUGUCAGUGUUAACCCUGCACAGAGAGAGACUCUGGCUUUAUGCCUGUAAUAUUUUUGUUAACUGAAGAAUAAACACUGUUGUGUGUUAGUUUUGAACUUGUACAGAUAUUUUUCUAAACGUUUUUGUGAGUGUUUUUGGUUUAAAUAAUAAACUUCCUUUUGGUUAUUUCAGUUA